CGACCCCCUUCCCCGGCUCCCCUGGCCGCCCCGCCAGGGAGGGCGGAAGAUGCCGGUGAAGAAGAAGAGAAAAUCCCCUGGGGUGGCAGCGGCAGUGGCGGAAGACGGAGGCCUCAAGAAGUGUAAAAUCUCCAGCUAUUGCAGAUCCCAACCCCCUGCUAGACUAAUAAGUGGAGAGGAACAUUUUUCAAGCAAGAAGUGCCUGGCUUGGUUUUAUGAGUAUGCAGGUCCUGAUGAAGUUGUAGGGCCAGAAGGAAUGGAAAAAUUUUGUGAAGACAUUGGUGUUGAACCUGAAAAUAUUAUUAUGUUAGUUUUAGCGUGGAAAUUGGAGGCUGAAAGCAUGGGAUUUUUUACCAAGGAAGAAUGGUUAAAGGGGAUGACUUCAUUACAGUGUGACUGCACAGAAAAGUUACAGAACAAAUUUGACUUUUUGCGCUCACAGUUGAAUGAUAUUUCUUCGUUUAAGAAUAUCUACAGAUAUGCCUUUGAUUUUGCAAGGGAUAAAGAUCAGAGAAGCCUUGAUAUCGACACCGCUAAGUCUAUGCUCGCCCUGCUGCUUGGAAGGACAUGGCCGCUGUUUUCAGUGUUUUACCAGUACCUGGAGCAAUCGAAGUAUCGUGUUAUGAACAAAGAUCAGUGGUACAAUGUGUUAGAAUUCAGCAGAACCGUCCAUGCCGAUCUUAGUAACUACGAUGAAGAUGGUGCUUGGCCUGUUCUUCUCGAUGAAUUUGUUGAGUGGCAGAAAAUCCGUCAGACAUCAUAGCAAGAGCUCUUGCAGAGAAAAUGCAAACCUUCUGAUGCCCAUGUGUGUACAGGCUGAUGAGAGGAGAAAUCCAAAGGCUGCAUUUUCCUUCAUGUGAAAGACUUCUCCUAGUACUUUGUUUUCCUUUUUUUUAAAAGGAAGUUUUCUUGUUACAUGUGAUGGGCAUUGAGCCACACCUCUUCUGAGACUGAGUAUCCAAGUUUUUGUUUUGGGUUAUGUUUAUAACAUUUAUUUCAGAACAAUAAAGAUUCAGAUUUGUGACAAAGGC